AUGGAUUUGAUAUUAUGGAGCAUUCAGGAGAUGAUAAAAAGAAGACUAUUUUGUUGCUUCCGAAAUAGAUUCACGAUAACCUAUAGGGGAUACAAAUACAGCUUUAACCCCUGUGAAUCAUUCAAGAUAGGGAAGCCAUUUAGAGGAAAUGAAUGUCAUUCGGAUGUAGCGAUUUGCAGAUGGGUGGAAGAGCAAAUGUACCACAAUAUAGGACAUCAGAGCACAGAAAAAUGUCUCUUAGAUAAGGACACUAAAACACCGAUGCUGGAAUAUACUGGAAAAUGCGAUAAAACCGAGGAACGUCCAAGCUUUAAAGCUUUGUCUGUUGACUAUCCACAGCUAUUUGUGUUCUCACUAACACACAAAUGUGCCUGUCCCAAUCUGUGUCUUUAUAAACACAUCACACCUUCUAAGCAGCCAGGUCCAAGUAAUCCAAAUGAUAACAACGUGGUCAGCGUCGUUGCAGGUAGUUUUGGUAGCCUUGUUUUCGUUGCGUGUAUCGUCAUGGUAAUCCUUGUGAUUGUAAGGAGGAUGAAUAGACCGAAUCCUCAGAAUAGAGGGGAAGAUCAACCCAUUUUGCCUGAACCAGCCACCAUAAAUCGAUUUUCCAGCAUCGAACGUUUGGGGAGGAACUCACCUUCCGGAACGUUCUUAGAUUACUCACAGUUUGAGAAUGAAAUUACAGAGUCACAGGAGGAUCCUCCUGACGGUAAAAACAAAUCUGGUGCGGGGAAUCGGUGCUGA